AUGUUCAAGAGGUAUUUCACAAAGAGACUUGUAAGGUCUAUCUCUUCCAGAACUGGUAUUGCAAAUGAUCCUUUUCAAAAUGCUUCAAAACGUUCCAUUCAAGAAACUUUAGAAACCGACCCAAACUUAGAAGGGUUUCUAGCAAAUGACUCUUGGUCUCAAACCCAAAAUGCCGAACAGGAAGACGAUCCCUUCGACUUCUCUGACCUGCCACAGUUGAGAAAUAUACCUUCUUAUUUGGAGAACAUAGAACCAGGGCAAGUCUACUCAAAAGAUCAAUUACCAUCGCCGAGAAAGGACCAACCACCUGAAUCCAUAGAUCCUCCUAACUAUAACGGCAUCGAGUCGACUGGCCAAUCUCAAUCCCAGCUGCAAGAAAUGAUUAGAGAUUAUAUUGACUAUGAUCUCUUCCAAGAGUUUCUUACAUUCAUGCACUAUGGUGAUUACCAUACUCAGCCAAAACCCACCAUGUCCUUGACAGAUUUUUUGAAAUCUCCAACGCCAGCUGUAGUCUUCUCCAAAUUUACCAACCCUCACAUAAAUUUGGCAUUGGAGAUGUUUAUCUACGAUACAAUGCCAUUACCGCAUCAAAGACUGUUAUUCUAUAAAAACAACUCUUGCAUAGUAAUUGGUAAAAACCAAAAUCCAUACAAAGAGGUCAAUCUAAAGUAUGCUAAUACUACUCAAACGCCAAUUUUGAGAAGAUACUCAGGAGGAGGGACAGUUGUACACGAUCAGGGGAACUUAAACUUCAGUUUCAUGUCUACGAAGAAGGAUUUUCAUAGGACUGCUUUCACUUCCAAUAUCAUUUCUAGGGUUAACGAACUUAUCUUCAAAGAAUAUCCCAUGGGAUUCAAUGUUGAUGUGGAUAAAAUUGAGUGGAAGUCCAAGUUUGUGGGAUUGCCCAAGUUCAGACUAUCUACCAAUGGAAAGGGUGAUAUUGUGAGUGAGAAAGACUCGUACAAGAUAUCUGGAUCAGCAUUUAAAUUGUCAAAGGGUAAAUCACUGCAUCAUGGAACAUUGUUGAUGAAUUCUGAUUUAAAAGAAUUAGGGAAGUUAUUGAGGGUAUCUGAAGCCCGUCAGAAGUCAAUCCAUUUUACGGGAACCGAAUCAAUUCGGUCUAAGGUCAAAAAUUUAGGAAUUGAUCCUGACCUUUUCAUGUUUGAAUCAUUGAAAGCAUUUAUUGAAAUGCAUGGUCACGAAUCUCAUGCAAUCCAGCUACCUAAUGCCUUUGAAAUUGAUGGAAAGUACUGUCAUAGUAUUGUCGUUGACGAUCUGGAUCAGUUACCACAGCCUGUGUGGAACUAUUACAACGAACUAAAAUCGUGGGAUUGGAAUUUUGGAAGAACUCCCAAAUUUGAACAUACCAUAUCACACGAUGAUUUUGCGUGUGUUUUGCAUGUAAAUAGGGGAAUGGUUACUAAUGUUGAUCUCAGCAUUCUUGAUGAAUCUUCCUCGGAUUCCAUCCACCAGAUAUUUUCCUCAUUGCUGGCAGCAAUAGAAAAGGAACCAAUAAAGUACCAAGGGAAAAUACUUUCAAAAUACAUCCAGGACAGCACAAUCUCUGACUGGCUGAAAUGGGAAGUAGACUUUGGUAUCUCCUAUGAGAAUGUCGGGUGUACCAGUACCCCUGCCAAAUGA